UGCAAUCCAACUAUUUUACACCAUUAGCACGCCCACAAAGUCAGAAUCUUAGGUUUUUUUUCAGCGGUUAUUUGAAAAGCUCCGCGGAGCUUAUUAUAGACUGACCCUCCAACCCACGCUCUUUAUGCAGCCGUUCCUGCGAUUUCUCAUGAAAAAUUUGUAAUUUUCUAGUUGACCCUCAAAACUCCCAUUAUCUGCUUUAUCUUAUACAAAUACCGCCUUCGCUUUCCAAUUAAUCUCACUCAAGUGGAUCUGUCGUGUUUAACAUGCUUCUCCAUUACUUCCCUGGCACGUGACUAAACAUUGUUCUUGAUCGAAAGGAACUACUUGUUAUUAAUAGCACGCGACUUUGCAGCUUUUCAAAGGAAGUACUUCCAUCCAAAGUUACCCAAGAAUCUAGUUGUGUUUGGCAUCAAGACGCUGAAAGCAAGAUGGCUCUUCUUCAAGUAGCCACACUCUUUGCGUCCUGGUAUUUUCUACAAUUCAGCCUCACCAACGGCAAGAGUCCUGGAACAAAAUUUACAAAGACACCUCCAAACCCGUUGUAUGUGCCAUUAGGCUCUACCGCCAGGUUUAAGUGGGAGUUCACGUUUGGUGAUUCCAAAGAUUGGGGUAAAUUUUUCCAGAUCAUUUGGGGCAAAACAGACAACAGUUACAGUUAUAUGAGGACAAAAUACAUCACAGUUAUCAAAGAUGGAGGUGUUUUUUUCAAUUCCGCACUUGACUAUUCAAUAAGAUCCAGAGCUAAGUGGAAUGGAAAUAUCUCUCAGCAACAGGGAUGUCAAAUAGAGUUCAUCUUAAAAAAUGUGUCUAAGUCGGACCAAACUACAUAUGGUUGCACGACUGACCUUGCUGGCGAGCCUGUCAAAGAUGGUCCGAUAAAUCUGGUCGUUACAGAACGACCAACCAUAAACAAUGGACGAAAUCGGACUCUAGAUGUUGAGGAAGGAGAUCAUGAUGUACCUUUACGUUGUGACGCAAAUGGUGACCCUAUACCUUUGGUGACGUGGAAGAAAGAUGGUCAAAUAUUACAACAGAGCAACACAACGAAGAGCUAUUUUCUCACAAACAUCGAGCUGAGAACUGCUGGUACCUAUGUUUGCACUGCCAAAAACAGAGCUGGGUCGGUUUCUCAGAGUAUUUUGGUGAGAGUUAUACGAUAUAGACCCCAUUUCAAUAAAAGCGCUUCUUCAAAUGCUGUUGUUAAAUCAUGGAUUGGCCAAGUGACGACCAUGAAGUGCGCAGUGAAUGCAAAUCCUCUGGCUAAAAUCACCUGGUUUAAAGAUGGCCAAGUAAUAUUAGAUGGUGUUAACUCUACGAAUGAAAUAAGUACGUUGACGCUGGCGCCUAAAACUGUGAACGACUUUGGCUUGUACUCGUGUAAUGCUACAAACAGCAAAGGAACAGUAUGGUAUCACAUAACAAUGGAGCAACUUCAUCCUCCCGGCCCACCUGUAAUAGCGACAUUCACGGCAAACGUAUUGGCGUUGAAUGUCACGUGGAGUCCAUCGCCUGACAAUGGUGGUAGCCGCAUAUUGGAUUACAACACAACAUUACUUGAUGUGAACAGAACUGUGCUUCAGCAACACAGAGGAAUAAAAACAACGUCGAUUACCCUUCAAAAUGUGCAGCAGAACAGGACGUACAUAUUUGUUGUGCAAGCGAGAAACGUUGUUGGCUAUGGAAAGUCUGCAAACGCCAGUGUUACAACACUUGAAGCAGAUCCACCCGACCCGCCAUAUAUGACAGUUGUGUCGAGUGUAUUGUCGUUGAACGUAACCUGGAGCUCUUCAGUUCAAGAAAACAUCAUCAGGAUAUUGGACUAUAGAAUUAAAGUGUUCGAUGAUAUUACCCUCAAACGGGUUCGGCAAUACAACAGGAUAACCUCUUCAUCAUUAGUUAUUGAGAAUUUAAAAAGAAACAGGACUUACAUCGUGAUCAUACAAGCAAGAAAUGAAGUCGGUUACGGGAAAUCCGCGAACAUCAGUGCAACAACUCUUCUAGCAGGACCACCUGAUGCUCCUUCUGUGACAAACAUCACUGUUGAUGGAAAACAAUGCUCACUGCAAUGGUUGAAGCCGUACAAUGGUAAAAGCCCUAUCGUGAUGUACACUGUUUACAUCUGGGUAUCUACAACCACGCGAGGCCCGCGCAACAAGGAAAGGGUGAAUUCCUGGAAUACAACGGAGUCACAUUAUACUAAGGAACUUGAAUGGGCCCAAAACUACACAGUAUCGGUAUCGGCAUGGAACAGAUAUGGAGAGAGUUCUCCUGGAUUGGAGAGAAACUUUACAACUGGACAAGUUCCACAAGAAGUAACUACAACAGUAGGGACUAGUACUGCAGUCACUUCAACGGACUCCGCUGUUGUCACGUACUCUCCUGUUAUUACUUACACACGAGAGUCAACUUCCACAGUGGGUACUGAAGUGUUUCUGACAGAGUUCCCGUCUGUAACACUAGAGGACGCAACAAAGGAUUCAGGCUCCAAGAGUGAAAGCAGAAAGAGCAGUUUCUCGUACCUCACUCCGCUCUGGAUUGUAAUGUUAGCGGUUGCUGUACCAACUACCGUGUUCAUGAUUUGGAGAGCCACUAAGAAAUUUUUCGGUUCUUCCUGUUGCAAAAGGGGAUGCAGAUGUAAGAGAUCGACACAACCUGACAAAGACAGUGAACUCGGUAACAGUUCCUCGCUUUCUACAAUGGAGGAACUAAAGGAAAGAACGGCUGAGAAUGAAUACGAAACUAUAACGGAAAUCCUAGAGGUUCAUUAUAACCACGGACAAUCAAUCGAAGAUGUGAAAAGCCAUGGAUCUGGGUCACCAGGGACACAACCCUAUGGCCCAGGAAAAAUUUCGGCCUACGAUCAUCUAUAUGAACAACCUGCUGGACUCUGUAAAUACACGAAAGAAUCCAGUUUUAUUGACAAACUGGGAGAAGAAAAUGGAGGGUUGAAAUCUGGACUAGGAAUGUUUGAAAACCACUAUUCACAUCUUAAACACGGGCAUACGCCAAUCAACAGACCACCUGCAGUAAAAGAUACAAGAUUCAUAGUUCCUCCGACACCCAAGUGGGAAAUCCCGCGGGACAGGCUUAAAAUCGAAAGAACCAUAGGUAAUGGCGAGUUUGGACUUGUUAAAAAGGGUUGCGCAUUGAACGUCAGCAAACAUGGCGGAUGGACAGUUGUUGCGGUGAAAACACUGAAAGAUGGUGCAAAUGAAUCUCAGCGCAAAGACCUGCAAUCAGAACUUAACGUGAUGAAAGAACUGGCACCACAUAAACACGUGGUGGAACUGCUGGCUUGCAUUACUAAAUCAGAGCCCUUGUGUGUAGUUACGGAAUUUGCACCUUAUGGAGACUUGCUAGGUUUCUUGCGAAAGAAACGUGGCUUAAAAGACAACUACUACAACAUUGAACAUCUCCCCAAAAGGAACCUGACAUCCCGACAGCUGAUGAGAUUUGCAUGGGAGAUAGCCGAUGGAAUGGCAUAUUUGAGCUCUGUGAAGGUUAUUCAUCGUGACUUAGCAGCCAGAAAUAUCCUGCUGGGUGAAAAUCUGACAUGUAAAGUGACAGACUUUGGGAUGGCGCGAGACAUUCAGGGACAGGACAUGUACCAAAAAACUUCUGGUGGUCGCCUUCCAGUAAAAUGGACAGCUAUCGAGGCUUUGCUACACGGACGAUACACAACAAAAAGCGACGUGUGGAGCUUUGGAGUGCUCCUGUUUGAGAUAUUCACUAUAGGUGGCUCUCCGUACCCUGGCAUGGAUGUACUAGAGUUGAUUGAAAAAUUGGCAGGUGGCUACAGAAUGGAAAAACCGAGACAUUUACGUGACGAAGUGUAUGCUGUUAUGCGCUCAUGUUGGCAUGAAGACCCAGAUAAGAGAUUAACAUUUAGACAGCUACACAGGGCUUUAAAUAAACUAGACAAGGAAAUCCAGAACUGCGUGAACUUGGCAACCUAUAAUGGAAAACUCUAUGAAGACUUCAAAAUGCCUUCUAACUAAGGCUUAACGAUCCAACAGACCUACUUGCACUGGGUUGAACUAAAGCCUACUCUAUUUGCAAGCCGGAAGCCAUCCGUUUGCAGUCUCAAAUUUACCUAUAACCAGCUGUGGAAAAAAAACUGUUGCUGUUUUGUCGGUGUAACUAGAGCUGGUGAUUUAACACUCUUGCAAUGACCGGCAAGUCAUUAAUUAAAUAAUUUAUUAGCCAUACAUGUAAUAUAAUAAUCAAUAAACUUAUCACCAAGGA